CCCCCCCCAGCAUCUACCCGAGUACCCUUUGUAUAAGUCAUCUUGUCGAUAUAUCUGCAGCCCAACCCUCGCGGCCCCCGAAGACGCCGUCGUAGCCCGCGAAGCUAGCACCACCGGCGAGCAUGCCCGACAUCACCAUCACCGGCUGGCGGACCCGCGACGUGCGGUUCCCCACGUCGCUCGACAAGACCGGGUCCGAUGCCAUGAACGCCGCCGGCGACUACUCCGCCGCGUACUGCAUCCUCGAGACCGACUCCGAGUUCACGGGUCACGGCAUGACCUUCACGAUCGGCCGGGGCAACGACGUCGUCUGCGCGGCCAUCAACCACGUGGCGGAGCGGCUGCGCGGGCGCACCCUCGCGUGGGUCGUCGGCGACUGGGGCGCGACGUGGCGGCACCUGGUGAGCGACUCGCAGCUGCGGUGGAUCGGGCCGGAGAAGGGCGUGAUCCACCUGGCGCUGGGCGCGGUCGUCAACGCGGCGUGGGACCUGUGGGCGAAGACGCUGGGCAAGCCGGUGUGGCGCGUGGUGGCGGACAUGGCGCCGGAGGAGGUGGUGCGCUGCGUCGACUUCCGGUACAUCACGGACGCGCUGACGCCGGACGAGGCGCUCGCGCUGCUGCGCGCCCGCGCCGCGCCCGCCGACCCCGCCCGCGCCCGCCGCCUCGCCGACGUCCUCGCCGGCCGCGCCGUCCCCGCCUACACCACCAGCGCCGGCUGGCUCGGCUACGCCGAGGACCGCCUCCGCGCGCUCCUCCGCGCCACCCUCGCCGCCGGCUACCGCCACUUCAAGCUCAAGGUCGGCUCCGACCUCGCCGCCGACCGCCGCCGCCUCGCCCUCGCCCGCGACGUCAUCGGCUACGACCGCGGCAACGUCCUCAUGGUCGACGCCAACCAGGUGUGGAGCGUCCCCGAGGCCAUCGCGUACGUUCGCGAGCUCGCCGAGUUCAAGCCCUGGUUCAUCGAGGAGCCCACCUCGCCCGACGACGUGCUCGGCCACAAGGCGAUCCGCGACGCGCUGCGCCCGCUCGGCGUCGGCGUCGCCACCGGCGAGAUGUGCCAGAACCGCGUCGUCUUCAAGCAGCUCCUCGCCGCCGGCGCCAUCGACGUCUGCCAGAUCGACGCCUGCCGCCUCGGCGGCGUCAACGAGGCCCUCGCCGUCCUCCUCCUCGCCGCCAAGUUCGGCGUCCCCGUCGUCCCCCACUCCGGCGGCGUCGGCCUCCCCGAGUACACCCAGCACCUCAGCACCAUCGACUACCUCGUCGUCAGCGGCCGCCCCUCCCUCCUCGAGUACGUCGACCACCUCCACGACCACUUCCUCCACCCCGCCGCCGUCCGCGACGGCUACUACCAGACCCCCACCGAGCCCGGCUACAGCGUCGAGAUGAAGCCCGAGAGCAUGGACCGCUACGCCUUCCCCGGCGAGCCCGGCGUCAGCUGGUGGCGCUCCGACGAGGCCAAGCCCAUUCUCGAGGGCGAGAAGAUCUGAGGCCCCGAGUCCUCCCUUCCUCCCCCCCCGGCCGAGUCGGAGAAGUGGCACGCGCGGUUGGGUUGGGUUGACCGAGCGAGGUACUAGAAACGAAUAUAGUGGAAAUGGAAGAGGGGUCGGCCCCUUUCUCGCGAGAAACGCGACCCGGGAAACGGUCAAGUAAGCUGUCGAACUUGCCUACUCGUUAGUUAAUUUCCUCGCAGUCGUAUAUAGAGAAACCUCCCUUACAAAACACAC